AUGGCAAGAAAACCACUUCUCCGAGUCAGCUAUGAGCUGCCAAUUCCCGAUUGCUCAAGCGGCCAUCGUUUAGGAGUCAAUGGCCUUGCUGUCGAUUCUGAACGCUCCAUCCUGUACUCUGGAGGCCGUGACGGUGUGAUAUGCGCCUGGGAUUUACAUCUUAAUCGACCCCCUCCAAAUUCAGCGUUCCCUACGUCGGACGAUGGCAAGCCCAAGGGGCCCACUACCAUUCGCCAUCAAGUCCAAGCCCAUACUCAUUGGGUAAAUGAUCUUAUCCUUACGCAAAACAAUACAGCUCUGGUAUCUGGAUCAUCGGAUGGCACAGUGAGGGUAUGGCGGCUAGACUCUACAGAUCUUCGUAUACCGCCCUCUAUUGGCGCACAUAGCGAUUAUGUGCAAUGUGUGACAUCUCCCAGUCAUCAAACUAGCUGGAUCGCCUCUGGUGGCCUAGAUCAUAAAAUUUGCCUUUGGGAUAUAAAUGGCGCAGGAGAAAUGCUGAAGAUUCAUAUCGGGGAACAUGAACAAAUACAGAAGGGUUCUGUAUAUUCUCUUUCUGCAAAAGGCUCCAUAUUAGUCAGUGGAGGCUCUGAUAGCAUCGUGCGUGUAUGGGACUCAAAUUCUGGAAAACUAGCAACUAAGUUUAUCGGCCAUACAAAAAAUAUACGCAGUAUAUUGAUCAACGAAGAUGCGAAUACCAUUAUGACCGCAUCGUCCGACCAAACUAUUAAAAUUUGGUCUAUGACAGCUGGUCGCUGUAUGAGUACACUAACCAUGCAUAGCGAGAGUGUUUGGUCCCUCUAUUCAGACCAUCCUCAACUCUCCGUGUUUUAUUCGAGUGAUCGAUCAGGCCUCGUGGCUAAAACCGACAUUAGCAAUGUGACAGAUGCUGAUGAAGGGGUCUGCAUGGCUGUUCUGCGAGAGAACGAGCCGGUGUCUAAGGUCGUUGCUGCUGACGGGUAUAUUUGGACCGCUACACAAAAAUCUAGUAUCAAUCGUUGGAGAGAUGUUGAUUUGACGGAAGGUGGGCACGAAAACCACAUGCUUGCUCUUUCAAAUACUUCUGAAGCUGAAGAGCCCGAGACUACCACUUCUGUACACAGUCAGGCCGAAGAGACACUUGAAGGUCAGAAUGGGAUCAUCAAACAUAUGAUGCUCAACGAUCGAACACGUGCUCUCACAAAGGAUACAGCUGGUGAAGUUGUAUUAUGGGAUUUACUUCGGUGUACCAAAGUAGAGGCAUUCGGUAAAGAACACCUUGAUGAUAUCGCCGCCAAGUUGAAUACGACCAGAGCUAUAGCGCAUUGGUGUACGCUACAGACUCAAACAGGAAAAUUAUCAGUGGUCUUAGAGCCACACCGGUGCUUCGAUGGGGAAAUAUAUGUCGAUGAAGCCGGCUUAUCUGACCUUCAGGAGUUUAAGGAUGAUCAAAGGAUUAAUUUGGGCAAAUGGGUUCUCCGUUACUUGUUUGCCGGCCUGAUUGACGAAGAAAGUCGGAGAGAUGCUGAAUACCGCGCCUCACUACGUCCUAGGACAACGGAUGCUCCAUGUGUCUUGCGACCUGAGGCUCCUAAUCGUAUAGAAAUUCCGCCUAUCAUCACAUCUACGGGCAGAUUUGUCUCUGGUAAUGAUGCGCACCAAGUCACGACUCCAGGGAUGUCCAUCGGCCUCGCUACGCCAGCUCCAUUUCCGUCGUCAGUACCAGAAAAUGCUGCCACAACACCUGUACGGUCAUCAAAUGACAGCCAUCCCGAAGCUAAAUCUGUGCGUGAUUAUUUCUUCUCUAGUCCAAGUCGACGAUCCGCGGGCUCAUCCGAUCUUAACACGAGAACUCGACUCUCCACCGAGGAAAACCCGACGCCCGGGUUUCCUCGGCCUGUUCCACCAGAACCAGCAAAAGAGGAGAAGGCAAAGCGUGGUGGGUCGCUUUUUGGCAAGAAGUUCAUGACUUUCCCCAGGAAAGCAGGGCGAACAUCGACAGAAACCAAGCGGAAUGUAGACGAGAAACAUGAAGAGCCGGAACCUGUAGUAGAAAAAGAAAAAGAAAAAGUGCCAGACGACACUUUUCAGGGUGCUAUAAAUGAGCUUCGGGCAAAAUACGAUGGUGAUUUAGUAGAACAGACUGAAGAAGAACCCAAAUCACGGAUCACGCCUAGCCCUGAAAAUGAGACUCCAACACUUUCCCUUCCAGCAACCACAGCUAUCAGUAUUCAGGAAGAUGGGCCCAGUACUGCCAUUGCUCUCGACGUCUACCGUGGGACUGUAGGCACUGUUGGGCAAAAUGCAGAUCAAUUAGGGAAAAUCGCCCCAUCAUGGCUUGCACGCCUCCUUUUGCAGAAUCAGGUGGAAACCGAUAUUGUCAAGAUCACUUUCUCGGUUAAGCCAUACGAAGGCCUUUUACCGGAAGCUGUCGAUUCAACCUCGAACAAUAAUUCCCGUUUAAGUGCCAACCGAAUGCUUCGUGCAAAGAAAAUCCUUGCAUACGUUGCCGAACGUAUAGACCCUCUCUACUCCGCUGACGAUCCGGAUUCUAAUUCUAUGAAACCGGAAGAAUACCUUGAGUUGUACUGCCAGAAUACUCGGAUACCACCUGACAUGACGUUAUUGACAAUGCGCACACAUAUUUGGCGAACAGGCAGUGAUAUGAUGCUUUACUAUAAAUCGAAUGGAAAGCGAACGAUCUCGCAUCCCAAUGGAGAUUCAGCUGGCUCACCGGCUCGUGGCAAGAUAAUCGCCAAUGGUUCGAAUUCGGAUGCUCAGUACCAGCAAACUGAUCUUGAUGUUGAUACACCCAAGGCGAGUGCUAAUAAUCCAGAUGUAUCACUUCUAGGAAAUAAGACUGGCCAUGGAAUGAAUGCAAAUACUGCACCAUCUACACCAGCGACCCCAUCUCAAAAUGCGUCUUCAAAAGAUCUAUUAUUAUAA